GGCAUUGCAUACUGAAAGUACAGAAGCGUUUCAGGUUUAUAACAAGCGGACCGAUUGCAAACGCCAUUAAUUACUUCAUUUCAUUUAAAGACGCCACAAUUGCUGCAGCCACGAUGAACUUUCCCAGUACUGCUUCUUCUUCGCGGUGUCGGUUCCAUACUUUUCCUGGCCUUCUUCUUGUUCUUUGCUGCUUAACCGGUGCCGUCUUAGCCCAGACGUUCCAAUAUUCACGGGGGUGGACCAAUGGGCGGAAGCGCUCAGGAUCAGUAACACCAGUGCUCAUCCCCUCAUCUGCUUCGGGGGCAGGACUUAUUCAAAAUAUAGACGAAUCUCCUGCCUUCUCUAACCCUUGUAGCCAGCUCCAAAGGAUCAAGUUUCUUCUUGGUGCCCGCAACCCUCAACAGUUCUAUUUCCCCUGCGACUCGUGGAGAGAUAUUUCUGAAACACCUUCUGAAGAGAUCAGCGAACGCUUCAGGCGGAAGGCUCCGUCAGAUUCUGAAGAAGCAAAUAACUUCGAAGAAAACUGAAGUUACCUUUAUUCCGUGACUUAAUACAAACUGCAGUCUUAGAUACAUGAAUUAUUUCAAGCAUCAUGUAUACAAUAUAUUUUGGUUUUUAAUAAAGAU